AUGGGUAGGAAUUAGUCACAGAGGAAGUAAGAGAGGAAAAGAAGAAAGAAACAUUGACAGUAGAUGGGUACAGGUACUUAUCAAUUUCAUUCAGCAGAUCCUUUUACUUCGAAUCGAGCUCUGUAGAAGUCUUGUCUUUGAUCAUGGUUGAAUGUCAGCCUGGACAACCAAAUUCCACUUACCCUCCGGUUGAAGUUUGUCAAAAGUGUGGUGUCACAGGUUAUGCCAAUCUUCUAAUAUAUUGCGAUGUGUGCCGUGUUUCUGCUGAGCACCUCUAUUGUCUGGAUAGAGUCUCUGAGGUUACUCAGGAGGUGGUCGAGUGGUCAUGUGAGCAAUGUGUACCAACAUAUUUCUACAACCAACUGCAACCAUCCAUCAUAGUUGAAGAAAGAAAUGUCAAACAACUGCCAGACGAGCGCUGUGUCGGUGAUGCUUCAGAGGAGAUUCUACCAAAUCGUCCUCUGAUAUCCAAUGAGAAUGCAUAUGAGCUUCCAAUUACUGAUCAUGUGAGGAGUGUGGAGAAUCUCUUGCAGAAAAGUCAACUUAAUCUGCAGACAUCCACGGCUGAAGCAGAAGCUGCUACUUCUGAUGGUAAACAAUCUGCAUCCUGGAAGUUGGACAAGACACUUGUCGAACAAGAGGCCCAGCAGGAUGUUCCUGAAAACAGUAUUCCUUACGAGGACAAUACCGAUUACUUUGAAACCAAGAUGAAAUGUUUGAAAGACAGAUUCAAUAGGUUAAAUAAUAGAUCCAAUAGGUUAGAGGAGAUAGAGAAGGCAUUUCUGGAGAAGAAAUCUGAAAUGUGUACACUCAUUGCUAAUAGAGCGGAAACUGUUGAUGUUAAAGAACAAGCUAUGAUUGAUCGGGUACAGGAGCUGAAAGACAUGGCUGUUGUUGCUAUUAAAGAGGCACAGAGUAAAUCAAAUGAACAUACUGUUGUUGUUUUUGAUAUACAAAAACGUCUAGAGCUUAGGCAGUUUUGCAAAGAGAUGGAUAGCAAAGGUCUCUUGAAUUACAUCAUGAAAUAUGAGAAAUACAUGGACGCAAUACGCGAAGAAAUGCCUUCGGCUCUAAAAAAUGUAGCUGAGCCAGCCCUUUUCGUGCUGGAUUUUCUUAAACGAUUCUACCCUUGUCACAGUCAAACUACAUUAUGUCCAAAAGGGAGCACAAACGAUGCAAUAGAACUCAUGUCCAUGCGGAAAUCAUGUUUGAUGGUAAUUGAAUCUCUCGCGUUGGUGCUAGGUGCUGAUGAUUUAAUGGACCGUAUAACCAAGUGGCAAGCCAAAACAAUUGCUGACAGUUGGAAAUCUAGGCUAGACAGCCGUGAUGCUGCUAUUGAUUAUAAUUCGACUGAUGAAGAGGCUUUUCUGAAGUUGAUUACAACAUUUAGAAUUACUUCUGAGUUUAAUGACGAAGAGCUUUGUAAGCUUGUUCUUGCUGUUUCUCAUCGCCGGCAAGCACCUAGUCUCUGUCGUUCUCUUGGCCUGAAACACAGAAUACCAGGUAUAAUUGAAGUGUUGAUCAGAAAGGGGAGACGAAUUGAUGCUGUCCAUUUUGUGUUAGCCUUCAAGCUCACUGAGAAAUACCCCCCUGUGCUUCUUUUAAAGACAUAUCUGAAGGACUUGAGGAAAGAUUUACUGAGUAAAAUGAACAGCUCAGGAGGAGAUGAUAAAAUUAAGAGCGAUUUGCAUGUAAAGGAGCUUGCUGGUAUAAAGACUGUGAUAGAGUGCAUUGAAGAGUACAAACUUCAAAAACAUUAUAAACUUGACCCACUUCUGAAACGAAUGGUUCAGCUGGAGCAGUGGAAAUCUAAUAAGAAGAGGAUGGCAGACAAUGCCGUUACAAAUCAACAAAGAAAAAGGGCUCGAGAAGAUAAUGGAAUGAAAUAUGAGCCUAAUGUACCUGCAGAUCCGGGGUCCUCCCCGCUAGUUUACAACAAUAGGAGUUCAGAAUUACAUGAGAGGUACAGAUCGGAGCUAUCAUCCUCAUAUCACAGUCUUUUCUAUCCUUGACUACCCAAGGAAUGACUGUAUUCUGGUGGCUGGCUCUGCAUCCGUAACUUGGCCUUAUAUAUGUUCUCUGCAACAUAAAUUGCUGCACUUGCAACUGCAGGAAAACCCAUUUGUCAGAAAUUUGGUGAGUCUGAUGGCACAGGGACAGAUUUUAGUUCACUACUAAAUGUGUAGAGUUUUUGCUAAACACCUGUGUAUUGAGCUGAGAACCCUUUGGUUCUGGAAAUAUUAUGUUGCAAGACAUCUGUCUUAGGUAUUUUGUUUUAACUUACUUUACUCUCUCUUAUUCAUUUCCUUGUUCCACCAAUUGUAUGGAAGUACCAGAAAUCUGUGAUGGGGGAGUCGUAUGGUUUUGUGAUGGAUGUGUACAAAAAACUUGCUCAAGUGUCGGCAACGGAACCAAAGAACUGAUACAUAAUGUGAAAGAAGAAAAGUGAAACAGCUGCAAAACACAAGGAAUGACAAAAAAACAGGCAAGUAUGAUGACUAUGAUCAACCAUGUAUGAAGGUAGAGCAACCAAUUUUCAUUGUUCUCUUGUAUAAGUAAUUAACAAUACUCAUCCAGGGGUUAGAAAGAAAGUCAUCAUUCGAUCUGUACGUACAGUUUCACCCUUCUGUAUUAAUGUUGUAAGAUUAUCGUGUAUCCAUUGUAUGAUACCGUUAUUGUGUCAGAGGUAUGAACAGACAAUGAGGUACCUUGAAACCAAAACAGCUUCAAACCAGGAUCCAUGGCUUAAACGCCCAGUUUGUCAAACUGCUUGUCAGUUGGGUUGAUUAAAACUGAUUUCAUCGAUCAAAUAAGGAUUUGAACUUCAGCUGAAUGGAGCUGGGAGCCCGGGAAAAUUCUUACUUGGUAUUUUUUUAUUAUUAUUUUUGGUAGCAUAUAAAAAUAAAUAUACGGAGUAUGUAAGGAAAAUUCAAAAUGAUUCUAUAAUGAAAUAAUAACUCGUGAUAAAUUUUCUUUC